UCAACUGAGGUCAUCGAAGGGGCUGGGCACAGCAAAGGGCGGCUGCUGGUCUUGGCUGUUCCGCCAGAUGACGAAACAGCUCCGCAGCUGAUUAAUGGAUACAGAUGCCAGAUGUCAACAGCACACACCGAGGGACUCAUUCAAGCCUGUGCUUUUGUGUACCUAAUUGGCGUAUACGUCGUCGAGGACCUUGGAGAGCUUGUAUGCCUUGCCAUCCUGACGAACAAUGAAUGGACUUGGUCGUGCGUGGCUCUCCAUCCAUCCAUCCAUCCAUCCAUCCUUGCCCCACCACCCACCAGUAUUCUCUGCAGUCGUUUGUGAGCCGCCUGCAGGUCUUGACCCUGCUCCGUGAUCCGCUCCUUCACACACAACACAAACACAUGGAGGAGAGGCCUGCAACUUGACGCUGGAUGGGUGGGGUUUGAUGUACACCUGCAGGUCUUGUAUGGUGUCAUUGGCCACCGUGAGCUGGUGCUUGAUCUCCACCAACUUAGUCGCUGCACGACAACGCUCCUGACAGACAGAUGGGGAGAGGGGAAGGACAGAGAGAAGAUUCCAUCAUUCCAUCAUUCUCUCUUGUUUCUCCUCACAGUGUUGAGUGUCUCGGCCACGUUUUCCUCUAUGUUCUGCUGCCGCUGGCCAACACCGUCACCACCACUAUCCUGUCUGCCGUCGGCGGCAACGAGGGAGGCGAAGGGCCCACCACUGAUGAUGCGGCGCCUCACAAGAUCACCGUUCUCAGCACUAAGACCGCCACCCGACCCCUGCACAAGGAUACAUCACACAUGACAGAGUAUACAUACAGCACCAACACUGUUGGCGGCCUUUCUCCUCCCCCCCUCCCUACCUCUGCACCCGACCCCGUCUGUGUGCUAAACGCCCUUCCAGAGGGACUUGCCACCCGACCCACGGGCAUCGCCACGCGCAUGUCCAUGUCCAUGCCGACCCCCAUGCCCAUGCCGAUGGCGUGUGGCGUGUCACUGAUGUGUCCGCGUGUGUGGCUGUAGCCCGAUGCCAAUGGUGGGAGGAUGGGUGGGGACGGGUUGAGCGAGUGCAGCGGGUGGGUCGUCGACAGACGACGAAUCGUCACCUGACCGACGGGAUGGCAUGAGAAAGGAUCGGGGGGAGGAAGGGAGGUAGUGGUGGUUACGUACGUUGACUUUGGCAGCGGUGAUGUCGAGCCGCUCUAUCUCUUUGCCGUUGGACUCGAAGAGACGGAGAGCCUGAAAGAAAACCGCAAGAGUGAAAUCCAUACGUGCAUUCCCGCCCUUCCCGCCCCCUCUCUGCUGGUCGCCUCGCCGCCCUUACGUACCUCCUUUACGUCGACGCGAGCGAUAGGAUCCGGCCCUGCCGUCGGAUCCUCUACUGCGCCAGCUGGACGGUCCACCGCAUACCUGCCAUAUUGCAGCCGCCAUGCAGAUUUCCAUCCAUCCAUCCAUCCAUCCAUCCCCUACCCCCAUCCAUCCCGUCCAUCUCACCUGUAUGUGCGGGUGUCGUCGUUGCCGAAGUCGUUGAGCAGCAGGCACGGGUAGAAGACCUGCCGCUUGAGAGUCCGCUCCCCGUUGUCGAAGUGCCACGCGCUCGGGGCGGUGUACAGGCACAGUGAGAGGACGGUGUCGUCAUCGACCUCGAACCGCUGGUUGGCCCAUGGGAACUCCUUGAUGGGCACCGUCACGGCCUUGUUGUCGCACAGCGUCCCGAAGUACUUGAGCGGCGGGGAGGAGGAUGAAGCGGACGAUGACUCGGAGUCGCCCGUCAGCGGAGUCAGCCCGGUUGGCCUCAUCACCGUCACCGAGAUGCUCAACAUCGUGGAUGGAUCCCUGACCUCAUGAGCUGGGAGGCGGCGAGAGCUAGAUCGAUUCUGCAUGCCGGUGUCCAUCAGCAUUGAAAAACAGCACACGGGCCUUCGAUGCAAUAGACCUGCAUGCUUAAGUGAGGCAGCAACACACAGGCAAACAGCAUCAGCCUUUGCAAUGACUACAUAUUUCUCUCUGAUGCAUCAUGCGUCAUGUCAUGCGCGGUGCACACUUACUUACCGAGCCGAUGCGCACCUCCAGAUCCCUCACAGCCGGCUCAACGGCACCUCCAGAUCCCUCACAGCCGAGCCGCACGCACCCGGCCACUGUCGCAUCCAUCCAUCCACCCGCUCAUCCAUCCGUGCUUGGCACUUGUGUCAGUGAUGGGGAUGGACGAAAGUCAGGACGAGUGGUUCUCGAGAGGCGAUGGUAAUGGUUGGACGGGCUGCAAUCGAUCGGAUGGAAUAGUCAGAGGAAAAGAGGGAGAGGGAGUGAGAUGCGACGCACGGGCCUCACAAUAAACACGAUAAAAAAGUGCACGACGGCCAGCUUCAACUGGCCAAUGAUCGCUCUGGCUUCAAGCUCGCGUCUUUCCUCGGUUGUUUUGGGUGUUGGUAGCUGAUCUUGACUACAACAGAGGCGCCUGGGUCUGUAGCUGUGGAUCAGCAUCAGCACUCAGCCUCUCUCUACGUUCACCUCACUCGCUGGCCACGUCCGGGUGCUGUUGAUCUGACGCACUGAGGUGAGAGAGGGCGGGAGGGAUUCAGAAUGGCAGUGUGCGUGAUGUCUGUGUGGUU